AUGCAGACGGUAGCACGAGCUGGGCUACUGACGCGAGUUGGGGAUGCUGGCGAGAGCGGUGCCCCGUCCAGGAAGAAGGGAAAGGAGAAAGGGAAAGAGAAGGUCAUUUUGCUGGGCAGCAGAUAUGAUACCAGCUACGGCACCACCUACGGCACCAGCUACGGCACCAGCUACGGCACCAGCUACGGCACCAGCUACGGCACCAGCUACGGCACCAGCUACGGCACCAGCUACGGCACCAGCUACGGCACCAGCUGUGGCAGCAGCUGUGGCAGCAGCUACGGCACCAGCUACGGCACCAGCUACGGCACCAGCUAUGACACCAGCUACGGCACCAGCUACGGCACCAGCUAUGACACCAGCUGUGGCACCAGCUAUGGCACCAGCUGUGGCAGCAGCUACGGCACCAGCUAUGGCACCAGCUACAGCACCAGCUACGGAACCAGCUAUGGCACCAGCUGUGGUAGCAGUUACAGCACCAGCUAUGGCACCAGCUACGGCACCAGCUAUGGCACCAGCUAUGGCACCAGGUAUAGCAGCAUCUAG